GAGGGGGGGUCGUCCGUCCAUCGCCGGAGCGCAGACUGCCAGGCCCGAAGGGAUGGCGGAGAAGUUCGACUCCCUGGAGGAGCACCUGGAGAAGUUCGUGGAGAACAUCCGGCAGCUGGGCAUCAUCGUCAGCGACUUCCAGCCCAGCAGCCAGGCGGGCCUCAACCAGAAGCUGAAUUUUAUGGUUACAGGGUUGCAAGAUGUUGACAAGUGCCGGCAGCAGCUUCAUGAUAUUAGUGUGCCUUUGGAAGUCUUUGAAUAUAUAGAUCAAGGCCGUAAUCCCCAACUUUAUACUAAAGAGUGUUUGGAAAGGGCUCUUGCUAAAAAUGAACAGGUGAAGGGCAAAAUUGACACCAUGAAGAAAUUCAAAAGCCUAUUGAUUCACGAGCUGACUAAAGUCUUCCCAGAGGACAUGGCCAAGUACAAAGCUAUUCGGGGUGAAGAUUCAUCUCCUUAAUUACAUCCUGUAUUGUACUGCGUUCUUCUCCAGACACCACUGAUAGGUUAUUGUGGCAAUAUUUGACAAAACCAGUGGAAUGAAAGUGCUGUAUCCACAGAAGCAUUGAUUAAAUGUUUUGUUUCUUGGGAAAGAUGCAAGCUGAUUCUCCCGUACAGCAUCUGAAGACAUUCAGGUUUCGAAGGACUUCAGUAAGAAGCCAACAACUGUGAAACAGUCUUUAGGGGGACUUCCGGCUCAUAUGUGAACUGAAGCCUGUCAACAUUGCUUUUUGUAAGAUCCCAUUUUGAAUUACUUGGCAUAUAUCUUUCUUAUAUAAAGUGGGGUCAGGCAGCUAUAUGUCUGCUGUUGAAGCACUGCCACCUACCAAAUGGAGAAGCAGAAUAGUCGCUGUAAUCUCUCUUCCUGGGUAAUUAAUAGGUUUGUCCAUACUUUUUCAUUAUACCUUGGUCUGCAGGAAGAGUAGAAUGAUUAUGUGAUGCUAUAUGAAAGAAUAAACAAGAACAUUUGCAGUAUUG